AUGAGAUAUGUUUAUGCACAUUUUCCAAUUAAUGUUCACAUAUCAGAUGACGGAUCUGAAGUUGAAAUCCGUAACUUCUUAGGAGAAAAAGUUAUUAGAAAGGUUAAAAUGUUGGAAGGAGUUCAAGUUAAAAUUUCUACUAACAUGAAAGAUGAAAUUAUCUUAACUGGUAAUGAUUUGGAAAACGUUUCACAAUCAGCUGCAAACAUUCAACAGUCUACCACUGUAAAAAACAAGGAUAUUCGAAAGUUUUUGGAUGGUGUUUAUGUUAGCGAACGUAGUACAGUG